CCACAGUGCUCGAUCGGUUAACAUCUUCACUGGACUACUAACUCGGCAUAGUGUCGCAUUCGUUGUGCAGUGUGAGCCGAAAAUUUCCCCCCAGCAGAAAUAGGAUCCGUCUCGGAGGAGAGUAGUGCACAGAAAAGUGAUGUGUUUGUUCUUUUGAACCGCAGAGAUAUCCGGAGACAGGCGGCCGAGCAGUCUGCAUUGGUCCAGUGACGGGACUGCACGUGUUCUGUGUUUUUGGGAGGAUUGUAAAGUAUCAAACUGAAGGCUAAUCAACCAUGGGGAUCAAAACGAGUACACUCAUUUUGGCUGUGUUAUGUAUGAUAUCAUCACAAGUGUUUGCUCAACAAAGGGUAGAUGUGACCAAUCAGGAAAUCCGCGAUGCCAUCCUGUCGCUGGUGCACUCGUACAAUCUCCUGGACAACAAGCUGGAACGCCACGAACAACGGGAGCGGUCACUGGGCGAGCAGGUUAAGAAGGGACUGAUAACGCUGCAAAAGAACCAGCGGAUAUUUGAACCACUCAAGGGGACCAUCACGAGACUGGAGGAACGUGUCGGUAGCAUCGAGACGGCACUCCUCAACCAAGAUGAAAAGAACACGAUGCAGCAGAUAAAGCUGAGCGAAACUCUCGAGGGUGUUCUGCGCUGGUUGAAUGACAAUGCACACGCGCUGGAAGCUAGAGCUAAUCCGGAAUCGCGGCCAGAUGAGGACUCGGAGGGACUCGGAGGAAAGAUGGAAGAGCUUACCGAAAGUAUUAGAGAAUUGCGCCGGGAGAUGGCCGAGCUGAAAUUAGACAGAGAUUCCAUUGAGCAAACCAACCGUAACCUGUUGGAGCAAGCGGAGAAACUGGUCACGGCCAAACUGGGUUCAUCGGACGACAUUAUCGGCAAGAUCGAGGAACGGCUGUCCUCCUACUAUAACAGCCCGGUGGUUAUCUCCCACUCGAACGAUGACUUCGAAGAGAAGGUCAUCAAGAAGCUGGACGCCAUCGAUGCCAACGUGAAGGACAGCCAUUCAUCCCUAUCGGCUCCAAUCGCCAACGCAGGGUCAACCGUCGAUAAGGAGUUCGUUCAUGGAUUGAUCAAUGAAACACUGGAGGCGAUCGAAGAUAUGCGCCUUGAGGUGCUGACGGCAUCCGAUAAGAGCUUCUCGAAGACGGCGACCCGUAUCAAGGAGAACAACGAAGUGCUGCAGUCUUCGGUGAAUGAAAUUUUGAAGACAUUGUCGGAGGAAAUUGUCGACACCGAAGCAUUCUUCUCCGGCACCAAGAAGGACAUUGGCUCGCUGAAGGACGAAAUAGCGGCGUUGAGCAGACUGGAGAAGUUCCUGCUGCAGACAGGUGAAAAUGUUUUGGAUGCAAAGCGUGGCAUUGAUUACGGCAUACAUCAGAUUCUGCGGGAGGUGACGGAAGUCGUGAAGGCCAAUUCAAAGGAGUUGAACUUGACUGUCACCAAGCGGUUCGAUGAAAUCGGAGCCACGAUUCUGGACAAUCACAAUGGAGCGUUGAGCAAUCUUAGCUCAAAGAUUGAAACCGAAAUCAGCCAGGUUUGGAGACAGAUCGGUAUUAUGUAUCAGGAAAUUUCUUCGAGCAAACAAUCUCUGGAUCGUCUACAGCAGCAGACUGAAGCAUACGUGAAUGGAACGCUGAUGACCAUGGAUAGCAUGGAAGGAAAGGUAUCGCUGAUUACCGGUCGCAUGUCCGAGGUAGAUUCGAAUCUGAACUAUCUGCUGGGUCGUCUAUCGUUGGUGACUCAGGAGUUCAAUCUGAUCAAGCGUGGUCUUGGUCAAGCGCUAGAUGAAAUAAAGAGUAGCUUCAUGGAGGUCCAGGAGCGGGUGAAAGGGCCCGGGCCGCAUAAGAUUUCUUCCGAAGAGGUGGACGAUUUCAACCAAUCUCCUCCGGCGAAUUGAAGUUACUUAGGAUAGCACUGUAGGUGGUCCAGUAGUAGGUCUUAGAGUUCUGUAUUUGGAGCUGAUAGAAAUGAAUGCGAUGCUAAAGUUUUUUUUAUUAGAUUUUAGGUAGAUAUCCGUGUGCUUAAGAAUCGACAGAUUAACGCAAUAGUUCGGUAGAUUUAUUGCUGUAGGAUUAAUUUGACGUUUGCAUGUACUUGAAGAAGAUGAAUAAAGUAUUUUGAUGACAUUUAAAA